UCAGCCAUCAUGUAUGUCAUGGGAGCACUUGGCCCUGCAGUGGGAUAUUUACUAGGUGGACUUCUUAUUGGUUUUUAUGUUGAUCCGAGAAAUCCUGUUCAACUUGACCAGAAUGACCCUCGUUUCAUUGGGAACUGGUGGAGUGGAUUCCUCCUUUGUGCCAUUGCAAUGUUUCUUGUGAUAUUCCCAAUGUUUACUUUUCCAAAAAAGCUUCCACCUCGACACAAGAAAAAGAAAAAGAAAAAAUUUUCUGCUGAUGCUGUUAGUGACGACGACGUUAUAAAGGAAAAAUCAAAUAAUAAUGAACAAGUGGAUAAAAAAGUUUCUUCUAUGGGAUUUGGAAAGAAUGUCAGAGACCUACCAAGAGCAGCUGUCAGGAUCUUAAGCAACAUGACAUUCCUUUUUGUGAGUUUGUCAUACACAGCUGAGAGUGCCAUUGUAACUGCUUUCAUUACCUUCAUUCCCAAGUUCAUCGAGUCACAGUUUGGUAUUCCAGCUUCCAAUGCCAGCAUCUAUACUGGUGUUAUUAUUGUCCCCAGUGCUGGUGUUGGUAUUGUCCUGGGAGGCUACAUUAUAAAAAAAUUGAAACUUGGUGCCAGAGAAUCUGCAAAACUAGCAAUGAUCUGCAGUGGUGUGUCUUUGCUGUGUUUUUCAACCCUGUUUAUUGUUGGAUGUGAAAGUAUUAAUCUAGGGGGCAUCAACAUCCCUUAUACCACAGGACCUUCUCUAACCAUGCCCCAUAGGAAUCUGACCGGAAGCUGCAAUGUUAAUUGUGGGUGUAAAAUACAUGAGUACGAGCCAGUCUGUGGAUCAGAUGGAAUUACAUACUUUAACCCUUGUCUGGCUGGCUGUGUUAAUAGUGGUAAUCUUAGCACUGGGGUACGGAAUUAUACAGAAUGCACCUGUGUCCAAAGUCGACAAGUGAUCACUCCACCCACAGUGGGCCAGCGCAGCCAGCUCCGCGUGGUCAUUGUCAAAACGUAUCUCAACGAGAAUGGCUAUGCUGUGUCUGGGAAGUGUAAACGGACCUGUAAUACCCUCAUCCCAUUCUUAGUUUUUCUUUUCAUAGUCACCUUCAUCACAGCAUGUGCCCAGCCAUCAGCCAUCAUAGUAACACUCAGGUCCGUAGAAGACGAGGAAAGACCUUUCGCACUGGGAAUGCAGUUUGUUUUGUUGCGAACACUUGCAUACAUUCCUACUCCGAUUUACUUUGGAGCAGUUAUUGACACCACCUGCAUGCUCUGGCAGCAGGAGUGUGGCGUGAGGGGCUCUUGCUGGGAGUACAACGUGACGUCGUUUCGUUUUGUCUAUUUUGGUUUGGCGGCCGGCCUCAAAUUCGUUGGCUUUAUUUUUAUUUUUCUGGCCUGGUACUCCAUUAAACACAAGGAGGUGGAGCUGCAGAGGCGGCGGUGGAGAGAGUUCCCGCUGAGCACUGUGAGCGAGCGGGUGGGCCAGCCCCGCAGCGCCGACCAGCAAGCCCGGACUCGGUCGUGCCCCGCUUUCAGCACCCAGGGAGAGCUCCACCACGAGGCUGGUCUGCGGAAAGGGAGCCAAUGCACAGCACAGACUUUCCCAGGGCCCUUCCCCGAAGCAAUAAGUUCCUCUGCAGAGCCGGGGCUGGAAGAGAGCCCUGUGACCAUGUAGCCUCCUUUCUGAAGCUUGGAAAUGGAAGACUUCAGUUUUGUUGGUUGAGUUGAAGACGGCGACUUGCGAAACACCCGUGCCUUCUUGUCUUUUUUUCUUUAACCUCUACAGACACAAUCCUCAAACCAACAGAACUCAGUAUACACAGCCACUAUUGACUGGGGGCUGGAUACCUCAACAAGACUGAGAGCCUUUCCUCCCUUCUCUUCAUGAAGGAGGAGUUUAGAUAGAUUUGUUACCUUUUCCGAUGUUAAUUUAGUGCUCAUGCUCCAGUAUGGCAUAAGGCUGAGGUACAUGGUUGACAGAAUCAUGGGAAGGGUGAUGUUGGUGCAUACCAUUAGCAUACGCUGCAAACAAUGGUGAGCUUGACCUUAACUGCAUUUACAAGUGAAAGUUUUUAGAUGUGAACACCUACUGUGAGUUCUGCUACAAAGCACAAAUGAAUUUGCCUCAACUAUGCAAUUUGAUCGGAAAAAUUUUGGCUCAUACGGGGCUAGCUGAAGCCUUGAUCUUGGUCUUAUAAGACUAUGCUCUAACCAGCUGAGCCAACCAGCCAGCCAA